CUGCGGCCUAUGCGGGCCGAGCGGGCGGGGGGCGGGGAGAGGCGUUGCCUCGCAGUGACAGGAGGCCGGGCCAGCGAGGCGGAGGGGCCACAAGGAGCGGGCCUUACACACUCAGCCGGGCCCCAGCCGCGCUGCGUAAGUGUGAGCCCCAAUGGGGCCGAGUGUGAGGAGCUCACACCCCUAUGGGACUGUCGGCCCUCACCCUCCCCUCGGUUGCAGAGAGGCAGCGGGAGCUGGCCAGGGCGGCACUGCGGCGGCACGGGCUGCUGGGGGGGCCCGGUAGGCCACCAUUGAAACCUACAGCCAAAAGAGCAGUGAAGUUUCACAAGGGCUACGUGGCACUCAGCCAGACAGCAGAGGAAAGCCUGGUAUCUCUGGACUCAGACAGUGAUGGGGAGCUGGAAUCGAGGGGCUCAUCUGGCUACUCAUCUGCUGAGCAGGUGAACCAGGACCUGAGCCGGCAGCUGCUGCAGGACGGGUACCACCUGGAUGAAGUCCCAGAUGACGAGGACCUGGAUCUCAUCCCUCCCAAACCCACCACCUCCUCUUGCCCUUGCUGCUUUGGGGAUUCUCUCUCCUGUGUGGUCCAGUAGCUGCUGCUCACAUGGGACACCUCAAAAGCCACCACGUUCUUUAUCCCUUGGGAUGCUCGGUGGCAUCCCAAGAACUCAGUAGUGCUGCAUUAUAGCACCCAGCCAGUCCCAAACCACUUCUGGUUCUACAGAGCAAUAUCACAGGGGUGGUUCAGUGACAUACAGCCACAUGGGUUUCAUCUGUCACCAGGGUAAAGAAGGGACUCAUAGCAGUCCCAUUCUUCAGCCCUGAACAGCUCAGACACUACGCACCCAGAGUGCCCUAAAACCAUGUCCUCUUACAAGGACAUUGCUUGACAUGGUCCUCCUGAAUCUGCUCAUUAAGGUCAAAUUUGGAACAGCUCCACAAAUAGGCACAGUUACAUUCUUCCUUAUGUCUGUGUAUCUUAUGCUGCCAGCUGGCCAGGGCAGGAAGGUGCCCAAAGGGCAGCUUGCUUUUUCUUGGUAUAGGUGUGUUUUUCUUUCUUGUUAGAUAUAAAAAGGGCCAGUGUUGGCCUCUGGGUUUUAUUUAUGAUGUGUUCCCCCCAGCCAUCACGGUGCAGCUCAGCCCAUUUGGGCAUAGAUUCAAGGCAGAAGAGUUCUGCCUGGAGCGGGUUUUCUAAGCUGCCUUAAAUCAUGGUCCUGCUGUACUGUAGAGGACAAUCGGCUUCUUAUAAAGAAACCUUAUUUAAAUGAUCUAUGUCUAAAGAACUGAGGAUUUUUGGUAUACUCCUCAUUGGAGGAAGCACUCAAUAAACUGGAUCUUGUUACUCAAA